AUGACCUAUGAGGGGACUUUUAGCUCCUUGGCCAAUGAGGUUGGGCAACUGAAGGGCAAGAGUGUCGAUGUCAAGAGAGAGGUCGAGGCAGCCGAAAGGGAUGGCCUGACUCCCAGGAGGGAAGUGCUCGGGUGGCUCAACUCAGUGCAAAACAUGGAAGAUGAAGCCAAGUCGAUAGAAGGAAUAUACGACCAAAAGAUUAAGUGUUUGUGCAGCUUCCCGUUCAACGUUUGUUCUGCCUACCGUCUCAGAAAUAGAGCUGAAGCAGCACUUGCAACGAUCAGAGAGCUCAAACAAAGUGCAGAGUUCACUAAACUUGCAGAUAACCUGAAUCUUACCCGCUCCAUCAAGAUGCCAAACACUAAAACUAUCGGCAUGGACAAGGUCUUCGAGGAGCUUCAACGCCAUGGCAAAGAUGAUAGUUUGAGUGUGAUUGGCAUCCACGGAAUGGGUGGUGUGGGCAAGACAGCACUCUUGAGAAGAUUCAACAAUGAUUUCCCGAGUGAAACAGAGGCAGACGUGGUAAUCUUCCAUGAGCUAUCAAUAGACUAUAAGCUGGAGGAAGUCCAGAAAUCUUUAUUCGAUCGACUGAGUUUGACAUGGCAGGAUGAGGUCACUCACAGAGACAGAGCAACCAAAUUAUUUAGAGUCCUGAGUACGUUGAACUUCGUAUUGUUACUCGAUAAUCUAUGGGAGCCCCUAAAUUAUCAGGUUAUUGGAAUUCCACUUCCUGCGGCUCCAUCAAAGUGCAAGAUCAUAUUCACAACACGAACAGAAGACACUUGCAGCCAUAUGGGCACAGAUAAGAUGAUUAAAGUGGAAUGCUUAGAAGAGGAGGCAGCCUGGAAUCUCUUCAGAAAUAGUGCAAGGAUGGAUGCCAUUGACGCCGACAAGAAUAUACUGUUCGAGGCUAGAGAUUUAGUCAAGGAAUGUGGCGUCUUGCCUGCAGCUCUCAUUGUGCUGGCACAAGCAAUGGCGCAUAAAAAGACGUGGGAAGAGUGGAUACACGCCUUGAGAAUCAUGAAGGACGUACACCAACUUCCUGGUAUGACAAAUAAUGUUUUUUCUAUCCUGAGAAACUAA